AUGGUCCCAUCCACAAAUGCGGCCUAUGUGAAGUUGAUUGUGUCAUGCCUCGAUUAUGAGUUCGAUCAUUGCUACCUCUCAAAGGUCAUACUUCAAAAAGCACUGACAUCUACAUGUGAGACUGCUAGACGUUGGUGUACACGAUUCCUCUCCACACUGGCCUACCGGCGUCUUCCAAACUUUUCCGAUUGGGGAUUUCGUCUCCUACUAGGGCAGCUAGGAGACCAGUCUGUGAAAGUCAUUCGUCAUGCUAUCCGAGUCUUGCACACUUGGUUACCUGUUUAUCAAGAUGCUGCCCGAUGGCUAAGGACGGCCCAGUUGGACAGUUUUGGCGAAGCUGGCACUUUGCUCAAGGUACACAUAUACGCAGAUAGCCAGUUAUGUGUACUGGAUGAAGAAGGAACUCGUGAAGCCAUAACCCUGUGGAUGGAGUCAUUCAAUGAGAGGUACGUCGAAGUAAUAGACGACGAGAUGAGGGACUCGCUUCUGACCGUACGCCGAACUAUCAGUGGCACUUUUUCACGGACGAGUGGUGAACGGUGA